AAUAUAUAUUUUAGUCAGUUUUAUUUAUUGCUCGUCAAAAUCGUAAAGUAACCACAUUUCGUUUACAGCAAUCAAUAGAUCUCUAAGUUUAUAUAGAUUAAUUGAAAUUUAAUAUCAAAUGAACAUUCUAUUUGUAAAUAAUGGCAGACAAGAAGAAAUCGAAACAUUUUAUGAGGCAUGCCAACGGCACAGAGAUUACUAUCGAGGGUAUACCAAGGCGCAUCAUCCUUUGCUUUACUUCAAAGACCAAGAGUACCUUUGGCAGUGUCCAGCAGAAAUGACCCCGACUUAUCUCGGAUUUCCAAUGUACUUCGUAAAGUAUAAACAACCACUGGUGUUACCAAGUAGUACGGGCAGAACUAGUGGACUCCCAGCGUUGCCAGACCGCACUCUCGCCGGCCGUUACAAUAAAGCUGCUUGCAAGGCGUUCGUGAGAUAAAUACGUUGUGAAAAUUACCUUCUUUAUGAAUAAAUUACGUAAUUUUUUUGUA